AUGCAACAUGCAGACUCUUUGAGUCGUAAUCCCUUGCCCGCCGAUGAUAGUGAUUCCUUAGAUUUACAUGUACUUAAUGUUGUACAAGACAAACAUUCCGUACUAGCAGCGCAGUUAAGUGACCCUAAACUAAAGCUUAUAAAAGGAAUACUCGAUAGGAAUAGCACUGAAGCUAAAGAUAUUAGGCAUAACUACACAUUGAAUGAUGGUAAGAUAUACAGAAAAGUUGGCGAUGUCUUGAGAUGGGCAGUGCCACGAGACGCUCGCUGGAAAAUCUGUCAGUUCUGUCAUGAUGACAGUGGACACUUUUCCUAUGAGAAGACUUUGGAAAAGAUGCGCAGAGAUUACUGGUUCUCUGGUAUGGCUCGAUUUAUAAAGAAAUAUGUGCGCGCAUGCAUACCUUGUGCCUACGCUAAAGAACCAUUUGGAAAGAAACAGGGUCUUCUGUAUCCAAUUUCGAAACCUAGUACACCAUUUGAGUGUAUACACAUAGAUCAUGUUGGGCCGUUUGUACGCAGUAAGACUGGAAAUACUUACGUACUAGGAAUCAUCGACGGAUUUUCUAAAUUCAUUGUACUACGUGCUGUUAGAAACACAAAGAGCAAGACUUCGAUACAAGCGCUGCGUGAAUUUAUCAGAUUGUUUGGUUGUCCUAAGGUAAUAAUUUCAGAUCGCGGAACUAGCUUCACCUCUGAUGAAUUCAAGAAGUUUACGGGAAAAUAUAAAAUUAAACACGUGAAGAACGCUGUCGCCACUCCACGUGCCAACGGGCAAAUUGAAAGAUAUAAUCGGACAAUUUUGGGCUCUCUAACAGCCCUAAACAUCGAUAAAGAUGAUCGUGAUUGGGACUGCAAUUUAAACAAUGUGCAGUGGAGCUUAAAUAACACUUUAAAAAAAGCCAUUGGAAAGACACCAGCGCAACUCGUUUUUGGUAAAGACACGGUUAAUAGUACCGAAACUCAUUUACAUGAAAUCUCUGAAAAUUUAACGCUAGACGAAAACAUCGAUGAGACUCGUAAGCAAGUUUCCUCCCACAUUUCGAAGCAGCAGGAAACAAUGAAGGCCAGAUUUGAUAAAAAGAGGUGUACAGCUAAUACAUAUAAGCUGGGAGAUCUGGUUAUGAUUGCCAAAAAUGUACGUAAUGUUGGCAACAGCAACAAACUCGUUCCACCUUUUAGUGGCCCUUACAAAAUAACAACGGUGCUAGGGAACGAUCGGUAUGAGGUUUGCAAUGUUGAGGGCUUUUCAUCGCGUAAAUAUAGAAACAUUUAUUCGGCCCAUAAAAUAAAACCUUGGAUACGACUUGGUUCAAUCCCCGAUUCUGAUUCAGAAAAUCAAGUGUUUUAUUCUCACAGUGACCAGUAG